AUGGCAACGGCUGCCCCAAUGCCCGGCAUUGACGACACAAGUAGCCCGGCAGCCGGCGCCGGCCUGCCCAGUGACCAGCCGACGACUACCGUCCCGCCGCCGCAACCCGAGUCUCGCAAGGCUCCGCCUCCUGAGAAGCCGUCCGACGUGCGCCGCCGAUCCUUCGUCAUUCUUGCCUUCUGGGCCAUUGUGCUGCUUUUGGGCUUGCCAAUAUGGUGGAUGACCACGAGCAUCUAUCGUGCUAACCUGCCGUUGCGUGACAUGGAACAUUGGGCAGAUGGAAAGGCCUGUCGUCCUGUCUUUCCCCUCCGCAUAUCAGUGCGGGCCAACAAGCUUCAGGAGCAAGAGGCGCAGAACCUCCUUCGUCUCACUCAGCACGCCCUCGACGACCUAAACGACUUCUCGGGUCACCAUCUGCGUCUCCAGCUCGCGCCCCAGAGUGAUGCCCCAUCCGCCACCGAAGAUGACUCGCAGAUCGCCCUGACAAUUCGUCUCAGUCCCGGGGAGACGACGACGGCAUCGCUGAACCCGCAUUCCCCGGUCCUCGACAUCACCUACCCACCGAACUCGGUUCCCUCGCCGACAUCGUCCUCUUCCGCGCUGGCCUCGUACAUCGCCAACGAGCUGCGUUCCACCUACGCCGAGGAACAGGCAAUCAUAUCAUACCUUCUUUCAGCAGCGUCAGGGGCUACUGAUGCGAAGCCUCAGGGCACGUCGCCCGAGUCGGCCGAGUCGCUGGCGAAGCGGACGACUCGUUCUUUGCGGUACUCGCCGACCUAUCACUUGAGCUUCUCACUCUUCACUAGCGGCUCUGCCCCCAACACGUGGGAAGUUGAGGCAGCCAUCCAGGCGUACAUGAAGCCCAUGCUCGAUGUAUUGAGUCCCAUCCACAACUUCACGAUCGACACUCAGGUGCAGCUUUACGCCACGCCUGGCGCCCAGUCUCAAGUCCUGAGCAAGGAAGACCUUGCGUCUUUCAUCAACGCAGCCGAAUGGCCACUCUCUCCCUCCAUCGGUGGCGCCCCGACGGUGAAUUUCCUUCUCUUCGUCGGAAACCAGACGAUUGGACUGGACUCAGGGUCCGAGACGUCCCAGUCCUGGCUGAUCCCGCAGUGGGGAACGGUCUAUCUCCUGUCGCUGCCGCCGACGACAUCUCACGUGCCGGCUGCCACCCUCAAGCAGCCGAUGCUUACUUUUGCCGGUCAUCUGUUAUCUCUGCUGGGAACGCCCCAGUCUGGGUCUCUUCCCCUCCGAUUGUCGACUCUUACGCGAAUCCGCUCAGCAGAUCUUUUGUUGCGGGCAUCGUCUACUCUGGGAUCCCUGGCGAGGCUGUCACUGGCAUUACCGUCCAUCUCUAUUCCCCGCAACGUUGCGGAUGGCGUUGCCAAAACCAUGCAUCACCUAGAGCUCGCGUGUGCAAGCUUGGGUGGACCGGAGGGGCUGGAACAUGCCAGGAUUGCCGAGGCCGAGGCGGAGCGAGCCUUUUUUGAGAAGAGCAUGGUUGGCCAACUCUACUUCCCCGACGAGCACAAAAUUGCCGUUUACCUGCCACUGCUUGGGCCGGUAGGUGUGCCGCUGGUCAUGGGCCUGUUGAACGAGAUCAAGGCCUGGAGGAAACGAAGACGUGAAAGAACCGAGGCCGAGGCGAAGAAAAAGCUUUAG